UUUUCUUUUUAGGUUUAUUGAUCUUUCUGGUGAAUGCUUGGUUGUAAAACCAAUAAAUAAUAAGAUUACUUGUUUGAAAUGUAUUUUAUGUAUAACGCUAUAGCUAUUGCAAAUUAAUCGAGCAUAGGCUAAGCUUACAAGGCUGCCAGGUACCUAACUAACGUUGGCUAGUAAGUUAUAGGGAACAUAACAGUUGAGGUUAGGGAAAGUGACGCUACUAACGUUAAUAAAAAAACAACGUAAGAUUUUCAGACGCUUACAUUUAACGUUAGCUCGAUAUUUUUGCCACCUAUUUACAAUUGAUUAACCACAUUAGAUUGCACAUUGUAACGUUGCACCUAAUGCCAGGUGCCCGUCUGUUUCAAGGAAACAUUAACGUAGCUAUGCAAACGUUAAAUGACAACUGUGAUGACUUUGCAUAAUAACAUAUUAACGUUAGCUAACAGCUGUCUCAAACUAUUCCCUGGCUUAAUACUGCUGGAAAGAUUCUUCUUAACCGUUGCUAACUAGAAUACGGGGUCUGGUCUAUAAUGGAGGGAGAUCACAGAUCCAGAGCCGCAGGUGGAAUGGACGAUCAGACAGUGCAGACGCCACAGGGCCCCUUGGGGCUUCAGGACAGACUGGACAGCUCGCCCCACAUCCCCUCGACCAUAGAGAGCUUGCCUAAGUCUGUGAAGAGAAGAGUGAACACACUGAAACAGCUGCAGGUCAAGUCUGCGCACAUAGAAGCCCAGUUCUAUGAGGAGGUGCACGAGUUAGAGAGGAAGUACGCCGCACUGUACCAGCCACUGUUCGAUAAGAGGCGAGACGUGGUCUCAGGUGCUGUGGAGCCCACAGACGAGGAGUGUGAGUGGCAGAGCGACAGAGAGGAUGAAGAGGAGCUAUCCGAGGAGCUGCAGAAGAAAGCCACAAUGGAGGAGAAUAAGGAGGCGGCCAGCACCGAGGAGGACCCCAAGGGCAUCCCGGAGUUCUGGCUCACCAUCUUCAGGAGCGUGGACAUGCUCAGUGACAUGAUGCAGGAACACGACGAGCCAAUCCUGAAGCACUUGCAGGACAUCAAAGUGAAGUUUUCCGAGCCUGGGCAGCCAAUGAGCUUCACGUUAGUGUUCCACUUCGAGCCCAAUGGCUACUUCAACAACAGCAUCCUGACCAAGGUGUACAAGAUGAAGUCGGAGCCCGACCCCAGCGACCCCUUCUCCUUCGAGGGGCCGGAGAUCGUGGGCUGUGAGGGCUGCGACAUCGACUGGAUCAGAGGCAAAGACGUGACGGUGAAGACCAUCAAGAAGAAGCAGAAGCACAAGGGCCGCGGCACGGUGCGGACCAUCACCAAGCAGGUGCCCAACGACUCCUUCUUCAACUUCUUCAGCCCCGUCAAAGUACCCCCUGGUGAAGAGAUGGAUGAAGACCUGGAGUUCAACUUAGCCACUGAUUUUGAGAUCGGCCAUUUCUUCCGUGAGAGGAUAGUACCCCGAGCUGUCCUCUACUUCACAGGAGAGGCUCUGGAGGAUGAUGAGAGCUUUGAUGAAGAGGAGCUGGAGGAGGCAGAGGAAGAGGACCAUGAAGACGAUGGUGAUGAAGACGAGGGGGACGAUGAGCCCAAGAAGGAGGAGCCCCAGCCAGCCGAGUGCAAACAGCAGUAGAGUGGAGACCACGGAGGCCCCGCCCCCUCCCCCUCCACUCGUCCAAUCAGUACAGCCUGGGCCUGCCCUGCAAGGCCCCCGUUAAUCUCCUCAGCGACGGGAAGAACGGCUUUCAAAUGCAUGCCCUCGUUUCGCCCGGGCGCCCCGUCCGCCCUGUACAGAAUCCCCGGGACAGGGACUCCAGUACUGUAAGGUUGCAGAUGGGUUGCCAGAUUCAGCCAUGUUUUCAGGAGGAUUCCCCUUCUCCAGGUCAUAGGAACGUCACAAAGGAAUCUGAUUAAGCUUUUUACUCAGGGUUUUUUAUGCCAUGACCGUCUAACGUAAAACCGUUCAGAACUUUAAUGCGAUAUUGGGGUUGCCUAUUUAACUUUUUUUUCCUUCUUUUUUUUGGUCAAAACAUACUUUUUCAAGUAAGUUCCACUUAAGAAGUUAUUUAUUAGUUUAUUUUAUUAAGUGCUGGUUUGAAGUAUGUGUACUGGGUCUGUGUAUAGUAGCCUGUUGGAGCUGUGUGACCUGCCUUUGUCCACCGCCCCCUCCAGCUGUUGACCGACUGCGCAAGCACUUGCUUAAUAAAUGAAAAUGUCUUUAUUGCCAAAUGGAGUCUUACAAAUCACACAAAAUGGAUGCUCUUCCAUCACCUCUCUUACGUCCCGACUUGCGAAAUGCAACCGCGUGGUAACCACGGUGAUGGCGCGUUCCGUCACUGCCUGCUUCCAGGGAGCAGUGUGUCAGAACGCCAUGUGGUUCCACCAGUCCAACGGUCACCAGCCUCCACCAGUCAGAAAACCAGAAAGAGUUCUAACCACACCCUUUCCAUAUGACAAGCAGCUGUCAGUCACUACUGCUGCCUUUGUGUCCAAUACCCGCAGAGCUUGGUUGUGUCCCAGGCAACCGUAACCAUGACAGCAGGCCAUAGCAGAUGUUUGAGACGCCUGUGUGGGGGUACCCCAGAGGUGAGCCCGGAUACUGGAGGCACUGAACCCCACACCCGCUUCGGUAACCGCACACGUUUUGAGCGUUUAAAGGUGGGCCGUGUACAGGCUUCCCUGUAGGGGGCGUCAAAGAGCAACAUCCAGUUUUACUCAAUUUGUACAUAACACUUAGGAUAUUCUAUUAAAGGUUGUGCAACAUCAA